AUGACUGAUUAUUAUUUUUCUAAAGCUGCAGCAAUCGCUCAAAAUGCAGCUAAAUUAUCAAAAAAAGUAUCGGAAGGACUUGUAGAGAAUGCACGUGAGUUUGGUUUGGAGGCUACUUCUUCUAAUCAUUAUUUUGAGACCUCUGAAGAGAAAAUGCGAGAUAUUAGACGUUUAUUAGAUUCAAGACACGAUCGUGAAAAAAUGGAUGGAUUGAAAAGGUUGAUUGCAGUAAAUGCUUUAGUUGAAAUCAUAACAACUCUUUUAAAUGAUAAUUCAGCGUUUACAUUAGGAAGUGUUAUAAUAGCUUUUGAUGAAGUCUGUCCUGAUAGAUUUGAUCUGAUACAUCCACAUUUUCGAAAAUUAUGUCGAAUGUUAAUUGAUGCAGAUGAAUGGGGCCAAAUUGCUAUCAUGGGAUUAUUAUUAAGAUAUGGAAGGACACAAUUUUUAAAUCCAAAUCCAAACGGAAUAAAAUCUUCAGUUAAGAAAAAGUCCAAAAAUUUUUAUUCGGACGAAGAAGAUUCUGAAAAUUCCGAAGAAUCAUUUGAAAAUACAUUGAUUCUUGAUCCAGAUCAUGAAUUAAUAUUAAGGUCUUGCUUGCCGCUUCUUCAAAGUAGAAAUAGUGCAGUAGUAAUGUCAGUAGUAAAAGUUUUAUAUCAUUUGGCACCAAUCGAAGAAGCAUACAAAAUAGGCAAACCUUUAGUAAGACUUUUACGUAGUCAUCGCGAAAUUCAACAUGUUGUAUUGGCAAAUAUUGCUACUAUGGCAACUCAAAGACCGGAAUACGUGAAAAGUCCAAAUAAAGAUUUUGCAACCUCAGCAAUUCAAGCAAUUGGACGUUGUGCAAUAGGAAUGCCUGAAAUGGCCGAAAGUUGCCUUAAUGGCCUAAUGAAAUUAUUGUGGAGCAAGAAUGGUGGAUGCUGUUGUGGCAGAAUCAGUUGUGGUGAUCAAAAGACUUUUACAAUUGAGACCUCAAGAUAA